AUGCAGGGGAUGGUCGAUCCAAGAUUUGGCUCCGGCGCAAUCAACAUGCUCGACCCAAAGAUGAUGGCCCUGCAGUCGCACUUCCAAGGCGUUCCGCAGAUGCCGCUGGCCAACACUUCCGGAAUGGUAAUGGGCUCGGCCGGCUCGAUCCCGUCCAUAUCCUAUGCAACACCUGACGACGGCCACCUUGGAUUUCAGCUGCAGGGGCAGGCCGGCAGCAGCGGCAGCAGCGGCGGUGUGGGCCAAGUCAUCAAUCCAGCCAUGGCUGUGCGGCCAGAUAUUCGCCUGAUUCACUCGAUGCAAGCGCCCGGAGCUGCAGCCGAUCCACGCCAGCUGGGUCAGCUCGCAUACAACUGGAUGCCGCACCAAGGAGCCGACCUGCAAGGCAACGCCAUGCUGGCCUCGCAGCAACAGCGGCUUGCACAAGGCAUGAUGUCCACCUACCAGUCAUCGAUGCUUGGCCGCAAUCCGUCGCUCGCCCAGUACCAUACUCAGACCACCGGGGCAGCAAUCGGUGGCGAUUUCGCAAAGGCAGCCAACGGGCUUAUGGAUCAGCAGCAGACAGCCUCCGCUGCCCUCGGAUCGCUUCCACAGAGCCCGAUGGUGUCUGGCCUCAACCCCGGUCUCGACUCGCUCAAGCAGGCCGAGCAAGCGAGCUCGUUGCAGCGGUUUGCCCAUCCCCAGCAGGCGAUCGACGCGCAAAAUCAAAAAGCCCUUGUCCAGCAGCAAUAUGUGGGCCAUGCCCAGCAACUGACCGAGCAGCAGCUUCAGAUGAUGCAUGUACGAGGCAUCAACCCGGCCGCGGUCAAGUAUGCAUCGGCCGAUGCAGGGUCGUCAGCGCAGACAGGCGUGCUGACUCCCGGCACAGAUGGGAUGGUCAGAGUAGCGUCGAUUCAUGGCCCACCGCGACCACCAGAAGAUGCCGCGACGCUCGCUCAGCCAUGGAUAGCGCUAUACCAGCCGUCUCCCUCGGCUAUCAAGGCUCACAAGCAGCUGACCGAGUCCUUGCUGGCCGAAAAGCGACAGUUGGCCGAACAGGGCUUGCGGCAGUUCGAGCGGCUGACGCACAUUGCCGAGCAGCUGAACAACACGAUGCGUGUCGGCCUGCCCGGUAACCGGAAGCUUCAGCCAAUCUUCAAACUCAUUUUGGACUCACCCCUGGAUCGGCGACUCAAGCGCGAGCGAUUCGCUCCAGUAUCUGACGAGAUCGCAGAAACGGUCUCGCAGCUGGAAGAGGAGCUCGUUCCGAUCCGAAUCGACUUUGAGGACUCGGGGAUCAAGGUCCGAGACACGUUUACCUGGAACUUGAACGAGUCCUGCAUUACGCCAGAGCAGUUUGCCAAGGUUUUCUGCGACGACAUGCACCUGCCCAAGAACUUUGCUCCUCCUAUUGCCAAAUCCAUCCGCGAUCAGAUCGAAGACAGCAGAUCCUUCCGCAGCAUUGCGAUUGCUCGGCCUGUGGUCAAUGUGGUCAAGCUCGAGCGGCCACCGGACGAGGCUCUGGGCACCAGCAAUAACAGCAACGACAGUGCCAGCAGUCAUGUCGACAAAAAGAUCAAAGUCGAGCCAGAUUGGGACGAGGGCCACGCGGCGCCCCAGCCAGACACACCCGAAGCUGUCGUCUGCGAUCACCCCGAGCUCCGCAUUGUCAUCAAGGUCGACGUGAUCGUUGGCAGUACGUCGCUAGUAGACCAGUUUGAGUGGGACAUCAACUGCACAAGGGCGAGCCCCGAAGAUUUUGCGGCCCAACUGACAGCAGAGCAUCGGCUGGACCCCGAAUUCACAACGGCGAUUGCGCAUUCGAUUCGAGAGCAAGUCGAAGCCUAUAAAAAAGCACUCCUGCUACUGAACCACCCCUUCGACGACUCGCCGAUUGACGACGAAGAACUGGCCACGCAGUUCCUGCCCUCGAUUCACUCUGUGCAGCGCGAACAGCGCCAAAUGGAUGCCUUCACAAGCUAUCUGUUCAAUUUGGAAAACGCCGACAUGGAGCGACAGGAGCGUGCGAUGGAUCGCGAUGUUCGGCGGAAGCGUCGGCAAACUCAGCGAAGCAGGACCCUUCCCGACCGAGAGCCGCUCAAGACAAACCGAACCCCCCUGCCACUUCCAGGGUCGGGCCCGGUGCAGGCGUCGUCCAUAUACGUCGUCCCGGGCGAGGAGGUUGAUCCUAGUUUAGAGCGCUCCAGCUCGAGCAAUCUGUCGCUUGCCGCGGUCAGCUCAUCGCCCUCGUCGGCAAACCGGCGAUCCAGCCGCUUCGCGAGACUCGAGCACAGCCGCAGCAAUAGCUCCGAGCCCACCCGGCGAGGUACCGCUCGUCUUCCAGCUGCGUCGGAAUGA